CAACGACAUGAGCACCGCAUCGGAGUGCACCACGAGCUCCGAAAACAACGCUGCAUCCGCGAGCACCACAGACUAAUUCCGAGAGCAGCACGAGCUCGGAGUGCCCCACGAGGUCUGACAGCAGCACGAUCUCCAGGAGCAGUACGAGCUCCAAGUGCGCCAUGAGCGGGGAGAGCAGCACGAGCUCCAAGUGCGCCAUGAGCUACACGAGCACCACUGAGGCCACGAGCACCACAAGCUCCAAGAACAUCGCACGCCCCGUGAGCACCGACGAGUUCGCGAGCACCACAGAGUCCCCGACCACAACCAUCUACAUGAGCCCCCACGAGCGAGCUUCGAGAUCACCACGUGCACCGCUGAGUAACGUCCGCGAGCGCCACCGAGUCCAAGAGCGUCACUAACUGCACGAGCACCACCACGUCCGCGAGCCCCGCAAAAACUCCAGCUCCGAACGCAUCACCAGCUAUAUAAGCACCACCAGCGAGUCAUCUCCUCAAGCGCCACCGAGUCUGCGAACACCACCGAGCCCACGAGUGUCCCCACUGUGUGAGCCGCCUC